CAUUGUCGCUUAGAUCUGAUCAACGUCAGCCUGCAAUGAAAGCACAGUCAAACGCAUUUACACCACAGACAGACGAGCAGCUGUGAUCACUGACUUCAGCCUCCAUCCAGAUCGGUCUAAAUUUCUGAUUACACGGCUUUGCCAUGGCAACAUACGUGAUCCCCAUCAGGUGCGAGUCACAGUGAAAGAGGUGAAGAUGGAAGGUCUACAAGUUGUCAACACUGAUGGCAACUCCUUGCUUAAGGCCGUCUAUCUGAGUCGUCUCCGUCUCACACGGCUACUCCUGGAAGGAGGUGCUUAUAUUAAUGAGAGUAAUGAGUGUGGCGAAACACCCUUGAUGGUCGCCUGCAGGAGCAGGCAUAUGGACCACCAAAGUGUUUCGAAGGCUAAGAUGGUUGGGUACCUGCUUGAAAGUGGUGCUGAUCCGAACAUCCAGGACAAGAGUGGGAAGACGGCUCUAAUGCACGCCUGUCUGGAGCAAGCCGGUCCUGAGGUGGUGGCGCUGCUCUUGGGUAGCGGGGCGGAUCCGUGUCUUGAGGACCACACCAGUUCUUCGGCUCUGAUAUACGGCAUCAAUGCCAGUGAUGAAGAAACUCUUAAAAUCUUGAUAGAUGCCUGCAAAGCCAGAGGAAAAGAGGUCAUCAUCAUAACCCCUGACAAACUGGCAUGCGGAAGGCAAAUGGCGAAACAGCACUUAACCAUUCCUCCGCUUGCAAUGGUGGAACAAUGGAGUUCUACAAUUGUUCCCUGUGCUUCUCCAUCUGAUAUUCUCCUCAGUACAUCUCCACAGGGCACUCUUUCUUCUAGUACUACAGAGCACAAGUUUUCCUUCCAGGACCUCCGAAGCAUGACUAAUUCCCAACCAACUUCUCCAUCCCACCAGGUUUCCCUGGUAAACAGUCGGUUGAGCAAAAUCCACAAUCUCCAAAGAUUACAUUCCGAGCCUUGGCUGAAGAUCCCACAGUCUUUCUUGGCCCAACAGCAUGCCAAAAGCAUCUCCGCUACGGAGGAACUCCCGGACAUCACGCCUGAAGAGGAAAUUACUUUCAGAAUGAACAGAUUGGCUUUUGAUAACACGCCACUAUCGCGGCAUUGCAGUGUUGAUUUGAAAGAAACCAACUCUUUGAGUCAAACUCUACGACAAGGAAGAAAUCGUGAAGGUUUAAGACCGGAAGGAGCACUGUGCCGAAACAUGUCCUUUGAUAGCUUAUCAUCCCUGCACUCUUUAUCCCAUCCCAAUCUUCACUCCAAAAGCAGCGCGGAAGCUUUACCGGCUGAGAAGUACCCGGACAAAUCCCUGCCAAAUUUGGCCGUGUCCAGUCUCCGCAACAUCAUCCAGAGGAGGAAACUAGGAAUGGACCACUACAGCUCCGAUUCCCAACUAUCGGUGAGCCUCGCCAACUCUCCAGAAGACCGUAAAGGACAGCUGGAGAAGAGAAAACUUACUAACUCGCGUUCUCCUAUCUUGGUGGGCUCCAGGGAAUCUCUUGAGAGCGCUUCGUUGACGCAGUUGCACAGGAGGAAUCCCAUCGGCUACGAACGUCAGGGCUCUGGGGCGCUUUUGGAUCCCAUCUCCCAUCCUCGAGCUGGUUUCCUCCCUCCGCUGAACCAGCAUACACCAAUCCCAAAUAUCACCGGAAGUGGCAAUCCAAGCAGCAUCAGCUCCGGCAACAAAGCAGUUUGUGGUGUAGCGGCAGGGACAAAGCCCUACAUUCCCUCGGCUCCUGCGGGUUUUCCGAAGGAUCAAAAGACCAGGAGGAUGUUGAUGAGAAGACACUCCAUGCAAACCGAGCAGCUCAAGCGACACGGUGACUUCACAGAAAUCUUUGGACACUGAAUGGUUGCUAUUAUAAACAUUUUGACCAUAACAAAGGCAUCAAUUUGCACUGACACCAAAUGAUUGCUGGUCAUUGAAACGGAACAAAUAACAUCUAUACUCUUCAAUCUAAUCUAAAACAAUUUUAACCAUGAAUCCUUAAGGUGAGGUCACAUUUACUACUGCUUUUUGAAAUUUCAUGGUCAAAAUCCAGUCAUUCCCAUAGGAACCGGCAUGUGAGUACCAUGUGAAGAUUUACCCAUGCAGAUUUCACACGUUCUACUUAAAUCUACUUGGUAUGAAAGUGACUUCUGUGAAAGCAGUGCUCCAUACAUCUCUGCACUACUGACAAUGGUCCUUUUUUUUCGCCUGUGAAAUUUCACUGAUGUGACCGCACCUUUACAAUCAAAUACGACUUAACAGAAACAAUUGGUUAUGAAUGUGGCUACAGCUUCAAUAGCUAAGAAAACAGGAUACAAACACAUUAAAAUGACUCAAACUACACCAUUCAGCUGCUGGCAUUUCUGGCAUAGACAUUCAGCUUGCCAACAUACAAAUUCAUUCGUAAUACAUUUGAGUCACUGUGUAUGGAACAUAAUGUACCUUUGCUUGUGUGUUGUGUUUGAUGUUCACAAUGUCUUUUAAAAAAUAAAAAAAGUACAACAGAA